GUGGGCUACCUACUUAUGUGGAGAGGGCGUUGGCAACUUGGCAUGGACAUGGGCAUUUGCAUGGGCAGUGACGUUAACGUUGCUAUACUGUAGCGAGCGAGCAUACUCGUACCUGUAUGCAUAUGCGUACGCCCAAUAUGUAUGUAUGCGAGCCUGGCAUGUACCUACAGGCUACCUAGUAGUACUAGUAAGUGCCGAGAGCGAGUGCGUAAGUGCCGAGUUGGGAGCUCGGCAGUUGCUAAUAUGUCUACCGUAGUAUUUCAGUCUAGUGGAAGCGAUGGAUGGCGUAUAGUGGCGUAUGGCGUAUGGAGGAGUGUGGGUUGUGGGUUGUGGGCGGUGGUGCGUGGUGGUGCGGUGUGGAGUGGAGUGUUGUGGAGCCGUGAUGCGUGCAUAUGCAUACGAUAUGUUUGUGUAUGUGGUAUUGUGUGCAUGGAAGGAGAAGAGAAGGAGGAACGAAGCUUGAGGAAGGAUGGGGCGUUUCCAUGGGAUUGCUACUAUUGUACGUACUGGGGACAGAGUUAUGCGUGUGGAGUGCAGUGGGUGGAGUGGGUGGAGGGGGUGUGGAUAGGAUAUUGUAGGACGUGCUAUGCUAGGCAGCUAGGUAGUGUAUGCUAGGCGGUGGUGGGAUAUGGAUAGGUGUGGAUGUGGAUGCAGAUGUGGAAGGUGCAGGGUGCGCGCGCUAGGUCUUGUGUGCUGGCUGGCGUACUGCUAGUACACAGUUAAAGCUAUGGCGGAGGUGCCGCCAGCGCUAUUGGAGGAUUCGGGUUGGUGUGGUGGUGGUGUGCCGCUAUCUCCGUGCCUAGUAGUUGACUACCGGUACAAUAUAUACGUGUAAGAGAGACCUAGGAAGACGAACAGGAAAG